AUGGGCAGCGACAAGAAGAGAAAGCUCAGCGCAGACCCUGCAGUCAACCAGGAGACUGGCGCUUUGAAAGCAGACCGGGGCGAGGCCCCAGCCACUGUUCAGGACAGCCCAAUGGAUGGCACGAACAGUCAUGCGUCAAAGAAGCGCAAGAGGGUAGACGGCGAGAAAGUGAAAUACCCGGACCUAACCUAUGCAGAUGGAAAGCUCCAAUCACCGAUUCGCAUUGCCGAUCUCCAGGGUUUGCUCCUCUACUGCUUUGCGGAUGGCAUUGCGCCCCAAUGGAUAUCUUUGAAACAUUCUGGGCAUGUCCGCAAGGUGGUUGUGCUGAUGGUGCCAGGUCUUGAGACCAGCAUGUUCGACGGGACAAUUUCUCUGGGCGAGGCUUCAGCCAGCGGGGAUCAUUCACCGGACGCGAAGCCAAGCUCUGAUGAUGCGGAUAAAUUGCCUGAAGACGAAAGGGCUGCUGACUAUGACCGAUGGAAAAAAGGCCUCCCUCUGCCAGACCGUUCCCACCGAUUCAAUCCCCGAGAACUCGUCCGCGACACCCUUCCGCAAUGCCUCCAACCGAUGGCCGACAUGUUCCCCCACAUUUGGCCGGUCAAGGCCCCGGGCGACAACAAGUACAACAAGGUUCAUUCGCCAUUGCAAGCCAUCCUGAUGUCUACGCCCCCCAAGACCAAGAAUGAUGACUCCCGCACGAAGGGUGCACGUCCUGCCAAGGUCGAAAAGGGCUUUGUCCCUAAACGAACCCCCAUCUCAACCUACGUCACCUCACGAGAUGAUCUCCGAGAGAACGACUACAUCUUGCACCCAGUCUACCUUACCUCAGACGAGGAAAAGACGACCCAGAUGGGAGCUCGCCAACGAAACGGCCAGUCAGCGGCCGACGGCUGGGUGGACACCCAUGUUUCUUCCUUGGAGUCUGCGCAGCCGCCCGAUGCCGAAAUCGAACAGGGAAGCAUGACUGCUGGACGGGACGUGUUUGCCCUCGAUUGUGAGAUGUGUAUCACCGAGGGAGGCCAGUCUGAGCUCACCCGCAUCAGUAUUGUUGGAUGGGAUGGCGAGGUAGUAAUGGAUGAGCUGGUCAAGCCUCCACGGCCAGUGAUCAAUUAUCUAACACGAUAUUCGGGGAUCACCCCGGAAAUGCUCGAGCCGGUUACUACAACCCUCGUCGAUAUCCAGCAACGACUCCUUACCCUUCUCACGCCGCGUGCCGUCCUGGUCGGCCACUCCUUGAACUCCGAUCUCACCGCGCUGAAGCUGGUUCAUCCUUUCAUUGUUGAUACAAGUAUAAUCUACCCACACCCACGGGGCCCGCCGCUGAAGUGCAGUCUGAAAUGGCUCACUCAGAAGUACCUUGGCAAGCAGAUCCAAAACGGAAUGGAGGGCCACGACUCGAUCGAGGAUGCCCGCGCCGUCCUUGAACUCGUGAAGAUGAAGUGCGAGAAGGGAGAGCGCUGGGGAACAAGCGAGGUUUCCAACGAAAGCAUCUUCCGUCGCCUGGCCCGGUCCGUUCGGCCCAGCCAUGUGCCGUGCCCUGGCGAAGCCCGAACUGGCGCUGUGGUCGAUUGGGGGAAUCCCGAACGCGGCUUUGGCGCACAGGCGACCGUGUCCAUCGGAUGUCAAGAUGACGAGGCGGUUGUCAACGGGGUCUCCGCCGCGGUCAAAGGUGACGAGGCGAACCAUUCCAUCCCCGCUGGUGGCGUGGAUUUCACCUGGGCUCGGCUCCGCAGCCUCGAAUAUCUUCGCGGAUGGUGCAAUCGGCUCCCUGAUCCGAAUAAUGCCAACGAAUCGAGCUCUGUUGCCCCCGCGGAUCAAGUCCUGCCCACCCCUGACCCGACCGGCGAGGCCGCCGAUCCUUCGCCAUCUGAUGUCUUAGUAAAGACAGUCUCUCAGACCGUGUCUCAUAUCUCGCGCAUCUACGAGUCCCUCCCGGCUUGCACCCUCUUCGUGGUUUAUUCUGGAACGGGCGAUCCCCGAGAAGUCAGUCGUCUCCAAUCCGUCCACAAGAAACAUCGCGAGGAGUUCCACUCUGGCAAGCCCUGGGAUGAACUGACCUACAAAUGGACCGAUGUUGAAGAGCAAAAUCUGAAGAAGGCCUGCGAACGCGCUCGCGAUGGGUGUGGGUUCAUGUGCAUCAAAUGA